CAGUCCCAUGUAAAAUACAUCACCCCCUUCUCUUCAGACCCCUCUAAUAUACAGUCCCAUGUAAAACACAUCACCCCCUUCUCUUCAGACCCCGCUAAUAUACGGCCCCAUGUAAAAAUAUCACUCUUCUCCAAAAAGUGCCUUCUCUUGCAAAUCCGGAGGACCACCACAUGCAUGUGAAGUCCCGCCCCUUUUUAUGACAUCAUACCAGCCAAGAGAAACUCCGUUCUAGUCACUACCGUGAUUAAGAAUCACGUGAUUAUAUGGACGGACGGAUUACUUCCGGGGAUCUGUCCAGAUGAGCUCUCCUGCACAAUGGUCUUUUUCCUGACUGAUCCACCAAGGAUGGACGUGGACAGAAAAGAGAUGGCUGAGACGAUAUUGGACCUCACGCUGGAGAUCAUCUACCUGCUGACUGGAGAGGAUUACACAGUAGUGAAGAAAACAUCUGGUGGGUGUGUGACCCCUAGCCACUGUUCUUGUAUGCCAAAAGGAUGGAGCAAACACCAGAGCCCCACCAUGGAUCCCCCACCUCCAUCACUGGUACAUGAGAGAGACAAUGAUAAGAAGAUCCUGGAACUCGCCAACAAGAUCAUUGAGUUGCUGGCUGGAGAGGGUGAAGAUUUCACAGAUGUCAAAGUUGAGGUAAUAUCAGAAGAAGACGAUGAGAUGUACGAAACCAGCAGUCAGCGGUAUAAGGAGGAGGAAGUCCCUAUAGCGAUCAGUCCAGAUAGUCCAUGCAAUAGCAUUAUACCAGAGACCCGCUCAAGUGUUUCACAGGAUCAUCAGGAUGAAGAUCAGGAAAACUUGAAAGCUGAUGGUAAACAAAGUGAAGAAGAGACAUAUAUGAGCGAUGAUCAGCAUUGUAAAGAAGAGGUAAUUCCUGUAGUUAUCAGCCCAGAUGACUCAGAUGGGAGCACAGAAGGACAGCUACCUUUUAUUCCAGAUAAAGAAGCAGGAGAUUUCACAAAAAAUAAAUGCGGAGAACAUGUCUUCAUUGGCAAUCUAUCCUCAGUCUUUCACAACAGAAAACCAUCAUCUGAUCUUUUCAAGGAACAUUUUUCUGACCCAUCACAGAUUGUUAAUGAAAGUGCAGGUCACAGCACGGGUAAAAUGUUUACAUGUUCUGAAUGUGGGAAACAGUUUAAAAAGAACUUGAGUCUUUCCAUGCACAAGAGAAUCCACAAUGACGAGCGUCCAUAUUCAUGUACAGAAUGCGGGAAAUGCUUUACCAAGAAAUCUGUUCUUGUGGAACAUCAGAGAAUUCACACAGGGGAGAAACCAUUCUCAUGUUCAGAAUGUGGGAAAUGCUUUACCCAAAAGUCAUCCCUAGUUGAACAUCAGCGAAUUCAUACAGGACAAAAGCCAUUUUCAUGUUCAGAAUGUGGGAAAUGUUUUACUCAGAAAUCUGUUCUCGUUAAACAUCAAAGAAGUCACACUGGGCAGAAGCCUUUUUCAUGUUUAGAAUGUGGGAAAGGGUUUUCCCAGAAUUCAGAUCUUGUUAAGCAUCAGGUGACCCACACCGGGGAGAAGCCAUUUUCCUGUUUUAAUUGUGGUAAAUGUUUUGCACGUAAAGACUAUCUUGAAAGACAUCAGAGAACUCACAGAUUUAAGAAGCCAUUUGGAUGCUCGGUAUGUGGGGAAUGUUUCACACAAAUAUCAGAUCUUGUUGACCACCAUAAAAUUCACACGUGGGAAGGGUCGUUUUCAUGUUCAGAAUGUGGGGAAUGUUUUACACAGAUAUCAGAACUUGUUGACCAUUAUAGAAUUCACACUGUGGAGAAGUCAUAUUCAUGUUCGGACUGAAGGACCCAAAAAAUUUCCACAGAGCAGAAGCCGUUUUCAUUUCAAGACCUGUAAUCCGCUGUAGUACUUCCGAAAUACAGGAUGAGGCUGUUUAAUGUUCAAGAUGUUAGAAAAAUGUUUCUGUAAAAUCAGAUGAUGUUACAACUCACAGAAUAUAAGUUUUUUGUCCUAAUAUUUAAAGGCUAUGUACACCUUUGGGGGCAAUUUUUCUUUAUUAUUGUAUUAUACUCAUUUUGAACUAAAAAUUAUGUUUUCAAUUGGUCUUUAUUAACAAUAUGGAAUCCUUUUUGAGAUCUGAGAUGCUGUAGUUGCUGCCUGUGGAUUUUUUGUCUUAUCCAUCAUCUGGGAAGCAGAUGGACUCCUUAUCUCUGCUUUCUCACAUUAUAAACACUCAUUAAAGCUCAAUCCUUUUCUUACUGAGAAGAAUGUGGCUUAAAUAAGUGUAUAUGACCUCUUAGUAGUUUA